CACGCGCGGCGCGUGUGGCCCAUGAGAUAGUGAUAGAGAAGGUUCGUAAUAUGCCCGCAAAAACUGAUGUUUGCACCUUUUUUUGCACCCGCCGGCUUUCCCCCAAAAAACCCUGACGUUUUAAAUACCCCUGCACUUCCCCCCCCCUCCUGCCGAAUAAUACGUCCUCCCCCCUGCCAUUUACAAGUCCGUGCUCUCUAGUACACCAUAUCCUCCGUCAUGGCGCCCCCAUACGCCACGGAGUCCAACAUCCCGCUGCUUGGCGGCCUCGACAUAGUACACCACCUCAUCCACUUUCUUGAGGUUGUGGACGUGGUUAUGCUGAUGAUGACAUCAAAGCUUUUCUUUGGAUGGAUUUACAAUUCACGCUGCGCCUGGCUCAAGUUAGUCGACGCCCUCAUAAGCCACGAAGGCAUUCCCCCAUACUCUUUUAAUACACAAUCCAUGACUACGGAGGAGUUGCGUCUCUGUGCCACCCGUUCCUUGCGCCUCCGACAUGCCCUGGCAGGCAAUCAUGGGGCCCGCCUCACAGUCAUUUGCAAGUUCCAAUAUCCUCGCCGAGGCCCCAUUUUAUUUUUCCCGGGCGGGAGAUACUUUGUUUCCAUGUCCACUGGUGACGGGGACGGAAGUAUCGAAAUUUGGGACAUUCAAAAAGUUUUGGGGCAAACCGCUGACCCAGUGGCCAGGUUCCACCCUGGACAUUCAAACACCCCCCACUCAAGACUUGGGUUCUCUUACCAAUAUCACCCAGACGAACAACGCCUCGUGCUCCUGUAUUGUUAUCACAGCAACCACGAUGUCAUCUACCGCAUCUUGUUCAUCGACUGGCAGAGUCACGAACCUUCCAUCGUAUCAGGCCCGCAUCUACGCAUGGACGAACUCUUUGAAUUGGACCAAUCCGAAGCAAUGCCUCAGGCGCAUUCUCUUGAGAGAGAGAUUGUCUGCAUCUGCGAUUACAUUCCAACCCCUCAAAUGUCACUCCCUUACCAUGGGACGAUUCUCUCGGGACAAAUAUGCCUAUUUCCGCAGAUGGUCCGGUGGUUUGCCAAAAUCGACAUCCCGGCUCUUCGUCCGGUGCCUGAUGGCCCAUACCCUGUUGAAUACAUGCAACAUGUUCGUCUCUGGACCGGAGGGAACCCUCCGACUCUACUUCCCGGACGACUGAAUCUACAUCACCAAGAUCCUUGGUGUAGACGUGUUUUCAGACACCUUGUCAUCAAUGUUGGUGGGGACGAAGAAGUCCAUGGACCUCACAUCGAGAUCGAAAUUUCUGGGUUUUUCCCAAAUGGCGCGCGCACGAGACUUAUUAGCCAGGUACAUUCGUCGUACCCUUUUGGCAUUGCAGGGGGUUUUCGAAAACACUGUUCGAAUGUGAAUGGCUGUGCCGCUAUUGAAGCCGUAUCAUACAAUACUCCGAACGAUGCGCUUGUUUCGACAGCCACCGUAAAGCAGUGGGUUACCGACUAUGAGGUCGGUGACCAAUCCCAGGUUCAUUUGCUGGCCGCGCCUUGUAAGGUGUCGGGCCAUGCUUUGCUCCGCCAGGCUCAAGCCAUCGGAAGCGACGAAUUAAUAUUGGUUCAUUUCGAGUGAUCUUUACUUCCUUUAAGUGACCGUUUUUUGGGGGUUGCGAUCAGUACAUGUUCCAGUGAUCUUUGUUCAUGAAU